AUGCAAACUGACUCGCGUAUCAACCCAUCACGUAAGGAUAACUUAUACAGUGAUGGCUCAUUGGCUCUGGACAACCAUGGCACGUCUUCUCAUCCCUUCAAUAUCCCCACAAAUAAGGGUUCCAAGAGGUAUUCUAUCGAAGAAGUGUUCAACGUGUGGUACGAAGUGAGAGACCAGGUUCUCACUCAACCCACCAAUGUUAAACCUCAGGAGAACUACAAGCAUAACACCCCGAAAGAAGUUUAUCACUUGAUGUUACAAAAACAAGCGCAAGGUGGUGUUUCGAUCCAGCCUAUUGACACCCAAAGUCAACUUAGCGACAGUCAGUUUCAAGGCAAUGCUUCGAUUCAACCUGAUUCCUCAGCCAAGCAUGGUUCCUUGCCAUCUUUAGAAGAGCAAAUAGCUUCUAUAAACAUUGGGAAGAAGGCUCCACCGCCACCAAACUUGACUGCCCCUGAAAGAUCGUCCCCUAUCGACCAUAUCGACCAGAACUUGGUAUUGCCAGAAAACAUUUCUUGGACAUAUAUUGACCCGACAGGAAACGAGCAAGGGCCCUUUCCCGGUAAUGUCAUGCAAGAAUGGCUUACUGACGGCUAUUUGGAUUUUGAGUUACGUAUCCGUCGUGUGGAGGAACCUUCGUUUUACACGUUGAAGCAAUUUUGUGAGAGAGUCAAUAACUAUAUUCUGCCUUUCAAAAUUCCCUUACCAGAUUUGAGUUACGUUGGUCAGGACAACGGACCCCUGAGCGAUCUGCCAACAAAGGUCCAAGCGGGUGUCGUUAGUGGCCAGCACCAACAUAAGCUGCAAACCCAAACAGCUGCCUUUGGCGGCGGCAAUCUCUACUCUCCUCUCUUACCAAAUGGAGGCACGCUGUCUCUUGGUGCCGCUUCCAUGAGGAUGAACCCUUCGAAUCAAUUGUUCGACUUCAUGGGUUCUCGUGACUAUCUGUUGAUGAAUCAGCAACCAAGUCAAUUCUCAACUAACAAAUUUGGCAUUGAUUCCGUGGAUUUUGGCCAGAACUUAAGUCAAGGCUUGGGACAAAAUUUAGGUCAGAACCUUGGUCAGAACCUCGGCCUGAAUAUGGGCCAAAAUAUAGGUCCAAACUUGGGUCAAAACCUUGGCCUGAACAUGACUGGUAGCUUUGGGCAGUUACACAUGCCGUCUUUGCUUCAGCAGCAAAUCCUGCAACAGCAGCAACCUGCUUUGUCCCGAAACAACUCUGGAUGGGGUUUAGACUCAGCAAGCGGAUUGAUGGGAGGAAAUACUCAGACUCCUGUUGCACCAAACGGCAAUCUUCCUGCCUUGAACAACCAGGGCCCAAUGUCACCGUGGCUAUCUGGUGUACAAUCCGUGUCCCGCGUGAGCUCUCCGUUUGUUCCCUCAUCUUCGUUAACAGGCUCAGCUUCAGCAGAAGAAUCUGACAAGAAUCAUACUGAGGAUCCUGUCUUCCAUGAUAUACACAGUUCGAUGGUGACCGGAAUCUUGAAUGAAGAUGAACACUUGCGUCAACAUCCGGAAGAUAAGCCAUCAUAUAAAGAAGAAGUGGUGGAAACCACUUUUGAAGAUCCUGCCACAGCCAAUAUUCCGGGCGCUUUCGUUCCACCUGUUGAAGAACACAAAGUGCAAGAGCAUGCCCGACAACCAGUUGAGAAUCAUAUCUUAGGGGAAGCUUCUAUUCCUGAAUCCCAGGCUCCACAAAAUGAGGUGAAGGAGGAACUCCCAGCCCCACAAGAGCCUGCCGUGGAAUCAAAGCGGGAGGCUCAAUCCGCUCUAGCUCCUUGGGCAAAAGCUACCGCCCAACCUGCUGAGCAGACUAAACCAUCCAUGACUUUGAAGGAGAUCCAGGCCUUGGAAGCUGCCAGAUUGCGCGAGGAGCAGCAAGUCAAAGCCGAGAAGAGACAACAAGCAGCCAUUGCCAAUGCUAUUGCAUCUUCUUCAAAAGAAACCACUAGUGCUGAGAAGCCAACGUUUAACUGGGCUAGCACUCCUUCACAGCCUGUUGUUCAAAAGAAGAGCUUGGCCGAGAUUCAGAAGGAGGAAGCCGAGGCUGCUAAGGCGAAGCUUGCUGCUAGCAAGGCAUCUGCUGCCGGCCAAGUGAAGACUUCCCUCGCCAGCUCUUUGGCUGCAUCUGUACCAAAGGAGGAGAAGGCGUGGACUACAGUUGUAGGAAAGAAGACUACUGCUUCAAAAAAGCCUGCCACAACUGCAACCACCUCUCCUUAUGCUACCGUCGCAAGCGCCGCAGGUGCUAUCUCUCCUCAAGUUUUGCGUGCUGCAUCGUCUACCACAAACAGCUCUCCAACUGUCAAUGGAAAUGCUGUUAGAGAAGACUUUUUGGUGUGGGCUCGGUCUGCUAUGACAAAUUUGUACCCUUCUGUUUCCAAAAAUGAUUUGCUUGAGGUUUUCACCACCUUACCUUUACACCCAGAUUCUGCUCAGUUGAUUUCUGAGACUAUCUACAGCUCUUCCGCGACUAUGGAUGGUCGUAGAUUUGCCCAAGAGUUUAUGAAGAGAAGACAGGGGGUGGAGAAACAAGUUGGUGCUGGUAACAGCGAAUUGUGGUCUGUUGCUAUUGCUUCCAGUGCAGACAAGGUUCCAGUCACUGAUGAUGAGGGCUGGAGCACAAGUGUGAAGAGUAAGAAAAAGGGAAGAAAGAGCUAA